AUGGGUCAACCAUCCGAAAGUUCGCAGCCGGUCCUUCGAAUACUCAACAGCCUUGGUGGACAGAAGACCGUCUUCACCCCAAUCGACCCCGAAAAGAAGCGCAUUACUUGGUACACAUGUGGCCCGACCUGCUACGACGACGCCCAUCAGGGCCACGGGAGAAAUGCCGUUUCACUUGACAUUCUUCGUCGGAUCCUGAAAGACUACUUCGGCUAUUCGGUCAAGUUUGUGAUGAAUAUCACGGAUGUGGAUGACAAGAUUAUUCUAAAGAGCCGGUAUCUACAUCUCGGGGAAAACUUUCUAAAUGAGCUCAAAAGUCAAGAAGGAAGCAAGGCCAAGGCUGAUGCCCUCAGCGUUGGCAAGCAAGGCCUACGAUUUUACAUUGCAAAGAACCUGCCUCUCUUGUCGCCUGACACUUCGCCAGAGAACUACGAUGUGGAAGUCAAGAAGGCAUACAGCAAUAUUGUCGACAAGGAGGUGACAGAAGAACAGGAUGCCAAGCUCAAGAUGCACAUCCGCAAUGGCCAACAAGCCGCAGGUGCCUUGCUGCGCCUAGAAAAGGCAACAGACUCCGCGCCGCUGUCCGACUUUUUUGAUAAUGCGAAGGAUGUUCUACACCCGUAUCUGGACAGCCUCCACGGCGCCACAAUCGACAGCAAAGACCAUGAUCUUUUCAGCGCAGUUGCCCGCAAAUACGAGGAGCGCUAUUUUGAGGAUAUGCACGCAUUGAACGUCCUUGAUCCAGACGUUCUCACGCGCGCCACCGAGUACAUUCCCCAGAUGAUAGCCUUCAUUCAGCGCAUAGUCGACAAGGGCUUUGCCUAUCCAACUGACGAUGGAUCCGUCUACUUUGAUAUCUCGGCCUUCGAAGCUGCUGGCCACAGCUAUUCUGUAUUAGAGCCGUGGAAUCGCAACAACGCGGCGCUCCGGGCAGACGGCGAGGGGUCGCUGGCGAACAAGGCCGUGGCCAAGCGCAACGAUGCCGACUUUGCCCUUUGGAAAGCAAGUCGACCUGGAGAACCUGCCUGGCCGAGUCCGUGGAACGAAAAUGGUGGAAGACCUGGCUGGCACAUCGAGUGUAGCUGCAUGGCGUCUGACGUGCUGGGCGGUGCUAUAGAUCUUCACUCUGGCGGAGAAGAUUUACGCUGGCCACAUCACGAUAAUGAAAUCGCUCAAUCGGUCGCAUACUGGUCUGACAAUGGCAAAUCGGCGCCCUGGGUCAAUUAUUGGCUCCACACCGGCCAUCUCGGCAUGAAAGGCUUAAAGAUGAGCAAAAGUCUGAAGAAUUUCAUCACAAUCCGCGAUGCACUUAAACAACCGGGAUGGAACUCCCGUUCGCUGCGAAUCUGCUUCCUUCAAGGAGCCUGGCACAACAAGAUUGAGAUUACCGAGACCACCCUCAGUUCGGCGGCAGCAUGGGAAUCCAAAUUAAAUAACUUUUUCUUGCAAGCCCUGGACGUUGGGAGAUCAUUGGAUGACUUGCCAAAGACAUUGGACAGCCUUCGUGAUGAAGAAUUGAAGUUUGAAGCUCUUGAGAAAGCAAAAACUGGCCUGCACGAGGCACUUUGCGAUUCUUUCGACACUCCAGCAGCUAUGAGAAUCGUCUCGGAUUUUAUAAGCGAAUGCAACGUCAUGGAGCUCUCAAGCUCGGCAUUGCUCUCUGGUGCCAGAUGGGUUAACCGCAUUGCCACUAUCUUCGGCCUCAACCCGCAAGGUGAGGCAGCCGUGCUAGCGCAGGGUGACUCCAAUGGGUCCCACGAACAACAACAGGCUUUGCCGAGCUACCAUUCUCAGAUUAUCGCCUGGCACGGCGUCGAGAUUCCAGCCGCUGCCCAGCAGCCCAUCUAUACUGCUUCCAAGCUCCGAGACGACGUAAGACAGCAGGUCCUCUCCGACCCAGGCCACAUUGAUUACGCCAAAUUGACAGAGCUGGUAAAUGGUGCCUCUCUUGGCACUCAAUCGAGCACUGCAGCAGAUUCCGAUAACCGGUAUCAAGCAGUGGCGACGCAAUUCCGCGAUGACAUCCAACAUCUGACAAAGGAGAGCGCGCCUGCCAAGGACAUCCUUGGCCUCUGCGAUGCUUUCCGCGAUGUCCACCUCUACUCUCUUGAUAUCUACCUCGAAGACCGCGCAAGUGGUCCUGCGCUCGUCCGACCGUUGGAUCAAUCGAUCCGAAAAGCGCUGGAAGAGAAGCGUGCCGCUGUCGAAGCGGCUCAAUCAGAGAAGGCAGCCCGCAAAGCCGAAGAGGAGGAGAAGCGACGAGAGAAGGACCGUCAGGCGAGCAUCAAUCCGCGUGAUAUGUUCAGAAAUGAAAAUUACUCGGAGUGGGAUGAGCAGGGUCUUCCGACCAAGGACGCAAAGGGGGAGGAAGUAACGAAAAGUGCAAAGAAAAAGUUGGUCAAACUUUACGAGAGACAACAAAAGCUAUAUAAAGAAUGGCAAGACAGGCAGUAG